ACGCGUCCUUCGACGAGUGUAAUGAAGCCGUGGUGAAGAGAGUGUAGCAAGUUGGGUAAACUUCUACAAAGCAAGAGGGAGGGGAUCGUCGCAAAAUGGUGCUCUUUAUUGGAGAAGUUGUCGCUGCUCAUGUAGGGUGGGGCAGUAAGUCAUCCUCGGAUUGGUGAAGAGAGCGCUUAAGUAAAGCGCCAGCGUCUAUUUAGUGGUGGCCUGAAUGUGUUUAUCAAUCUUCCGAAUCAGGCUAGGUGGGAUUCUCGGGGAUAGGAACGGCGGGGUACGAGUGACCAAAUGUCUGACAACAUUUGAAAGCUUGGAACUGUACAAGUUCACUCAUUAACAGACUCGACAUUCAAACAUGAUAUAACCUUCAUGAUACGCUCGAUACUUCCAUGAACAACUAUCUCGUUACAAGAUGCGUCCCUUACCUGGAGACGACGCCUUGGCAGGGCGUCCGCGAAGUGGCAGCUUGGAUAACGACGUAACUUCUCUUGCAACAAGACAUCAAGCUCCGCAGAUGACCUACUUCCUCGCAGACGAGAAGAGCAUGGAAGCAUCACAAUCUCAUUCACCUACGAUCCUUCCCAAGCAACGAGAGAUCUCGAAGUCCAACGCUUACGGUGUUGAGAGUCUUGAAACUACGAUAAGCUCAUUAGCUCAAGAUAGUGACGAUUCCGAAGAGCGACUUCGAUCAGCUAGGCAUAAUUGGAAGAAGAAUUUAGGACAGCUGAUGUCGAGAAAGUCCGAAGAAGAUCUGGAAGAAUCAGGUUCGCCGUCACUCGGAUCAACAAGUGACUUCAGUCGGAAUGCAUCUCCCUCCCAUCAACGCCGAUCCUCUCAAGCCACGAUCUCUAGACCAUUUACACCUUUAUCGUUCUCUGCUGGUCCUCCUUCUACCAUGAGUAGUCCGCGCUCGCGCAGACAUUCUGAUGCGGGCUCGGAUAUGGAUGAUAUUGUUAGUCAGGCCAUUGUAUCAAGCGGGGAGGAAGACAGGGAUAUGGGACCUGUGCUGGUAGACAGUGGAAGUGCUCCUCAGUUAGUUAUGCCAAGUAUAAAAAUGCCGAGUCGACGACCUUUUACAGAAAAGGGCAAGAAUAUGGGCAGAUUGAAGGUACUGGUUGCUGGAGAUUCUGGCGUCGGUAAGACAUCACUUAUCAAAGCUAUUGUCCAAAUCUGUGAAGACAUCGUUCAUGUCGACCCAAUCUCUGCGACGGCUAUAUCCGUACAGGACCCACGCCGAAAGAACUCGAAGAGCAAGUCAAGGAGCGGAAGUGCGGACAUGCAAUCUACAUCACAAAUCACAGAAGUGUACGCGAGUACAAGAGCGUAUCCGCCAUGGUGGUCCGAUCUAGAAGAGAGUAGAAUACUUCGAAGGAGGAAAAGUAUGGGUGACUCGGUUCUAGAACGAAAUUUAUGCUUUGUUGAUACCCCAGGUUAUGGUAACAAGACAUCAUGUUUGGAAUGCAUUACACCGGUUGUCGAUUACAUAGAGUCUCAUUUCAAAAAAGCUUCUUCCUUUGAAGGUCUGAGCGAGUCAGAGAUGGUGAACAUGUUCAGCGGAAAUGGUGGACCUCAGGUUGAUCUUGUAUUAUAUGUGAUCCUGAACAGAAUCAAGCCAGUGGACAUCGAAUAUCUCAAACGCCUAUCGAAUGUUACUAAUGUCAUACCCUUGAUCGCACGAGCAGAUACUCAUUCCGCUGAAGCAAUCUCAUCAUUGAAGGAGCAUAUUCUCAGCGAAUUUAGCGCAAACAAUAUCCGCCCCUUCCACUUCGGCGUCUCACAAGAGGCCUCCCAGUUCUUAUCAUAUCCCUCAGCACCAUAUGCUGUAUCAACAACACCGUCUAAGGACGAUGAUAACAUGGAAGCUAGUCUUUUAAUGUCACCGGACUAUGUUCAACCACUUAUACAGUCCGAACUUCAGCCAUUGGUCUCGCAGAUAUUUGAACGUGAUGCAAUUUCCUGGCUUCGGCAUUCUGCAGCGAAGAAGUUCUUGGCCUGGCAGUCCGCAUCGACACCUCUCUCGCGACCACAAUCAUUGUACAGGCCCCUGUCUCUGCCAUCGCCGUCCACUUCACAAGUCUUGACAGCCCCAGUAGGAGCUACGACUUCUUAUGCUCUUGCUAGAAUCACCGAUCAUACCCAGCGUGAAGAGCGAAUCGCGCAAGUACGGCUUGCGAAUUGGGCCGCGGAUCUUCAAAGGGCUCUCCAGAAAGAACGCUUGGAAUACGAGGCCAAAGCACGAGGUGAGAGAGCGGUCUGGCUUACGGAGCGUCUAGGAGAAUGCGUGCAAGAUGGUACCCUCGUUCCAAUCUCCCAGGCAAGGAGGGACAAUCCAGCGUUUGAUCAGGCAUCAGGCGUGCUUGUAAAACAGGGAACGUAUAGUAGACGGAGAGAGAUGCAGCAGGACAUGCGAGAUAUGCUGGAUACACGGGAUCCUCUAGGUCUGCUGAUGAUGAACGAGAAUUUUAAGAGGAAGGGAUGGGCUAUCCUGAAAGCACUGAGUGUUCUGGGCCUUGUUGGUGGCAUCGCAGGCUUUGCAUCCUGGUUCUCUCGACAAUGGCAUGCGGCCAAUGUCGCUGACGGCACCUUCUACGGCUUCGGUGUGGCUGAUUGGGUUGAGUUCGGCAUGAUAGACUGGAGAGCAUAGCAUGAGUGCGCUUCUAUACGGCGGCAUGAGUUGGAUCUCCUCAUUCCUUUUCUUUCUAUUUCUGCAUGAUAGCCUACGGGCUUUUAAGAUGAUGUCGACUAUUUGAAGUUAUAUGAUGAACAUGGGAUAUUAGGCAUGGUUGGAGCGCUUCCCUACUCAUCGAAAUAGGCGAUAGGCCUGGUUAGGAAUGAAACUCUCAAUACACAAAGCCCCAGG